GCAUUAUUUACUACUACUGCUGCUACUACUACUAGGAAAAAUGCUAACGCUGCAAUGCUCAGCAACUAUGAGGUGUUCAAACUCCUCACAGACCUGAAGGAGCAGAGAAAGGACAGCGGGAAGCACAAACACAGCGCCGGGCAGCAGAACCUCAACACCAUCAUGUAUGAGACGCUGAAGUACCUGUCGAAGACGCCCUGCAGCAGACAGAGCCCUGAGAUUGUCAAGGAGUUUCUCACCACCAUGGUGCCGCACAAACUCACAAAGGCAGAAAAACUACAGCUACUGAACCACCGGCCUCUGACUGCAGUGGAAAUCCAGCUUCUGGUAGAAGAGAGUGAAGAGCGACUAUCAGAGGAGCAGAUUGAGGAGCUUAUCCAGACAGUCACAGAUGUCCUACCGGGAGACCCAGAGCAAGAAAACGCAGCUCCAGCAGACACAGAGAUGGAUGACGGCGGCGAACAGUCAUGACACCAUGACGGGCCAGAACCGGAGAUAACUGCAGAACUGGAUGGACUGUGAUUAUUUGCACGACUAAUUGAACUGUGCAUGAUGGGACACAUGCUGCCCGACAGCUUGAUAAUUCACAUCAAGUUGACCUGUUACAUAAGCAGAAGAAGAUAUACUGAUUGUUUCUCUAUGUGGAUUCAUACUACAUAGCUGCAUUAAAUCAAACAGGGUAGUGUGUCACAA